CUCCUCUUACUCCUGAACAGCAAAGACUUUGCCCGCCCGCAAACUCGUAAGUCACCGUUCUCUAAAAACCACCAGCGAGUGACCACACCGACGCUCCUCUCUCUCUACUCAACUCCUCGCCGUCUACAAAGAACAAACAAAAUUUGAUGCUCACCUCGGAGAACUCAAUCCGAUGAAUUGAAAGAAGAAGAAAAACCUUCUCGUUUUCGAUUCAUGCUCCUACUCAAAGGAUCGUUUGCAAAAUUCUCUUCAGAGCUAGGUAAAGGAUCUUGCUGAUCAGCCAUGGAGUUUCCUUCUACCAUCCGACGUCAGAUAUACCGUCCAGUUACGAGCAGCUUGUUUUGCUCUUUGUUAGUUCUAUUUCUGCAGACAUGCAGGGGAUCAUCAUCAGAUUCCCCUUAUUUAGUUGGACUUGGAAGCUAUGACAUAACUGGACCAGCAGCUGAUGUGAAUAUGAUGGGAUAUGCUAAUACCCAACAAAUUGCAUCUGGACUUCACUUCAGGCUGCAAGCUCGUGCAUUCAUUGUUGCUGAACCUAAGGGAAACCGUGUAGCAUUUGUGAAUCUUGAUGCAUGUAUGGCUUCUCAAAUCGUCACGAUUAAAGUGAUUGAAAGAUUGAAGUCUAGAUAUGGUGAUUUGUAUAAUGAGCAAAAUGUUGCUAUUAGUGGCACUCAUACUCAUGCUGGCCCCGGUGGCUACCUUCAAUAUAUUAUUUACAUCAUAACAUCAUUCGGUUUCGUACGCCAGUCUUUUGACGUCAUUGUUGAUGGAAUUGAGAAAGCCAUAGUAGAAGCUCAUGAAAACUUGCGUCCUGGGUCAAUAUUUGUGAAUAAGGGGGAGCUGCUUGAUGCUGGUGUAAAUCGCAGCCCCAGUGCUUACCUCAAUAAUCCUGCAGAAGAGCGAAAGAAGCACAAGUAUGAUGUUGACAAAGAAAUGACUCUGCUAAAGUUUGUUGAUAGCAAAUGGGGUCCAGUAGGUAGUUUUAAUUGGUUUGCAACUCAUGGAACAUCUAUGAGUCGCACAAAUUCCCUAGUAAGCGGAGACAAUAAAGGGGCUGCUGCACGGUUCAUGGAGGACUGGUUCAAGCAUAAGGCCAAUGAAGAAAUUGACAGCGCACGAGAUCUUUUUGAUGCUAGUAGUGAUGAAAAUGGUCUUCCACGAAGAGUCUCGAAUAUAAUAUCGCAGAUUGAUCAGAACUAUGAUGUGUUAAAGCAGCGUGCAUCGUCCUUCCAGGCUUCUGGUGGUAGGACAGUAGCAAGGUAUUUUAGUGCCACACGUCAUGUGCGGAGUGUGUUUAGACAGGGUACCAGGCCGAAAUUUGUGUCUGCAUUUUGUCAGUCCAAUUGUGGAGAUGUAAGUCCAAAUGUGCUAGGAGCCUUCUGCAUAGACACUGGACUUCCCUGUGACUUCAAUCAUAGCACCUGCAAUGGGAAGAAUGAACUUUGCUAUGGACGUGGACCAGGUUACCCUGAUGAGUUUGAAAGUACCCGCAUCAUUGGAGAUAGGCAAUACAGGAAAGCUGUGGAUCUCUUUAAUACAGCAACCCAGCAGAUAAAAGGAAGAGUGGAAUAUCGUCAUGCCUUCAUAGAUAUGUCACAACUUGAAGUUUCGGUUCCUUCAAAUGGCGCUGGUCAAGAAGUGGUCAGAACAUGUCCUGCUGCAAUGGGAUUUGCUUUUGCAGCAGGAACAACUGAUGGACCUGGAGCCUUUGAUUUCAAACAAGGGGAUGAUAAGGGCAAUCCAUUCUGGAGGCUGGUGAGGAAUUUGCUGAAAACGCCCACUAAAGAGCAAGAAGAUUGUCAUCAUCCAAAGCCGAUCUUACUUGAUACUGGAGAGAUGAAGGAACCGUAUGAUUGGGCACCAUCUAUUCUUCCAAUUCAGAUUAUCCAAAUAGGACAGAUGGUGAUCCUGUGUGUACCUGGAGAAUUCACAACAAUGGCUGGGAGGCGUCUACGUGAUGCUGUACGGACAGUACUUAUUAGUAGUGGCAAUGGAGAAUUUGGUGACGAUCUUCAUAUUGUUAUUGCUGGGCUAUCUAAUUCAUACUCUCAAUAUGUGACCACCUAUGAAGAGUAUCUGAUCCAAAGAUAUGAGGGCGCAUCAACUCUUUAUGGUCCACACACACUCGAUGCCUAUAUUCAGGAGUUCAAAAAGCUUGCUGCAGCUCUUGCUGGCGGUCAAAGAGUUCCACCGGGUCCACAACCCCCGGAUCUCUUGGACAAACAGAUCAGUUUACUCCCUCCCGUUAUCGUAGAUGCAACACCCUUUGGUGUCAAAUUUGGAGAUAUUAGCACUGAUAUCCCUCAGAACUCAACCUUUUCUAGGGGAAGUAUAGUGACUGCCACCUUUUGGUCUGCUUGUCCUAGAAAUGAUCUCUUUACUGAAGGUACAUUCGCCCUGGUCGAAUUCUUAGAGGGAAGAGAUACGUGGGUUCCGGCUUAUGACGAUGAUGAUUUCUGCGUGAGAUUCAAGUGGUCGAGGCCUUCGAAAUUUAGCACUCGUAGUCAUGCAACUAUAGAGUGGAGAAUACCUGAAACUGCUGUGCUUGGUGUGUAUAGAAUAAGGCAUUUUGGUGCUUCAAAGAGUUUGCUUGGGUCAAUUAAGCAUUUUACCGGUGCGUCUAGCGCUUUCGUUGUUGUUGGCUAGAGAGCUGGAUAUGUAAUACCUAUCUCUAGACAUCGUAUGUACUGUUUUUUUUAAAAGCCAUUUGCAGGUUGUUCUUAUAUCCGAGAAGCCAGUAUGAAAGCUCAAAGUUAAA